GAUCGCCUGUCGCCAUUUUGUGCCUUGUCUGGCUCUAAGGCAGGAAAGAAACCCAGGUGUGUAGCGCCGUUCGUCUCUCAACCGCCACCAUUUUCACCAUGUCGAGAGACCGCUUCCGUAGCCGUGGAGGCAGCGGAGGCGGGUUUCAUCGGCGCGGGGGCGGCGGAGGCAGAGGAGGCCUCCCAGGGAACCAUGAUUUCCGUUCCCCGUCGCAGGGCAUGGGGGGUGGCAUAGGCCAGUCCCGCGGAGCGCACCACCACAUCGGCGGCGGCGGCGGCCUCGGUGGUCCUCCAAAGCCAGAGCCGCCCACCAAGCCGCCCAGCUCGAGCUCCACGCCGCCUUCCUCCUCUACUUCCUCGUCUGUUUCCACCGUCCAAGCCGGAUCGUCGCCUUCCGUCGGAGGGCCGACCCAGAACCAGACUGCCUCGCAGCCGCCGCCCGCGGCUGUCACGACGCCGAGCUCCUCCUCGGCUCCUGCCGCCACGUCAGGGCUCCAGAGUGGCGGACGGGGCGGGGAAGCGCAACAGCAGCCGCAACCGCCGCCAACCCAGAGCCCCAGCCAGGGUGGCUCGAAGAAAGGGCCCGGGCAGUCCCCUGGCGGAGGCGGCAGUGGUGGCGGCCUGAAGGGAGUUCCCGGAGGACCUCAACAAGGAGGAGGCCCGAAGGGCGGAGGCCCCGGGCAGCACCGUGGCGGCGGCGAGAGGCGAGGAGGUCAAAGCCAGCAUCAGCACCCAUCGCAGCAGCAGCAGCAGCAACAACAACAAGGCCCCGGCGGGGAGAAAAUGUCAGAUGCUGAGGGCUUUAAAGCCAAUUUGUCACUUCUGAGGCGGCCUGGAGAGAAGACCUACACUCAGCGUUGUCGUCUUUUUGUUGGGAAUUUGCCUGCUGAUAUCACUGAGGAGGAGUUUAAGAGGUUAUUUGCUAAAUAUGGUGAACCUGGUGAAGUCUUCAUCAACAAGGGAAAAGGUUUUGGAUUUAUUAAACUGGAAUCCCGAGCUCUGGCUGAAAUUGCAAAAGCUGAACUUGAUGAUAUCCCUAUGAGAGGAAGACAGCUUCGUGUGCGUUUCGCCACGCAUGCUGCUGCUCUCUCUAUACGUAAUCUUUCUCCAUAUGUAUCCAAUGAACUUUUGGAAGAAGCAUUCUCUCAGUUUGGCCCAAUUGAAAGAGCAAUUGUAAUUGUCGAUGAUCGUGGCAGAUCAAUUGGAAAAGGAAUUGUUGAAUUUGCAUCCAAGCCUGCAGCACGGAAGGCUUUUGAACGCUGUUCUGAAGGAGUGUUUCUGUUGACAACUACUCCCAGGCCAGUUGUCGUGGAGCCACUAGAACAGCUGGAUGAUGAAGAUGGGCUUCCAGAAAAACUGGCUCAGAAGAAUCCAAUGUAUCAAAAGGAGAGGGAGACUCCUCCACGCUUUGCACAACCUGGAAGUUUUGAGUAUGAAUAUUCGCAGCAGUGGAAGUCAUUGGAUGAAAUGGAGAAACAGCAAAGAGACCAGGUGGAUAAAAACAUGAAAGAUGCCAAGGACAAGCUAGAAAGUGAAAUGGAAGAUGCCUAUCAUGAGCAUCAGGCAAACCUCUUGCGUCAAGAUCUGAUGAGGCGACAGGAAGAACUGAGGCGCAUGGAAGAACUUCACAAUCAAGAGAUGCAGAAACGGAAAGAAAUGCAGCUGAGGCAGGAAGAAGAGCGCCGUAGGCGAGAAGAGGAAAUUAUGCUCCGCCAGCGUGAGAUGGAAGAGCAAAUGAGAAGACAGAGGGAAGAAAGUUACAGUAGAAUGGGUUAUAUGGACCCUGUAAGUCAGGACUGGAAGAAUCCCAAUAGUCUAGUUACUCAGAGGGAGAGAGACAUGAGAAUGGGCGGGACCAGCACAAUGAACAUGGGAGAUCCUUAUGGUGCUGCAGCUCAGAAAUUCCCACCUUUAGGAGGUAGUACUGGCCUUGGCUAUGAAACCAGUCCUGCAGUUGGACAAGCAUCUAUGAGUGGCUCUAUGAUGGGGAGCGACAUGCGUCCUGAGCGAUUUGGGCAGGGUGGUGCAGGGCCUGUAGGUGGCCAGGGCCCUAGAGGAAUGGGGCCUGGAACUCCAGCAGCUUAUGGGAGAGGGAGAGAAGAAUAUGAAGGCCCAAACAAAAAGCCCCGAUUUUAGAUGUAACAUGUAGAUUUUCAUUCCAAUUUGUUUUGUUGGUCUUGUUUAGACAAUACUUUUUUUUAAUUCUUGCAUUUUAGUGAGAAAGCUACGUUUUUAUGGAUGUUAGAAACUUAAUGACUUAGGAUUUGUAAGUAAUUGGGGCAAGAAAAAUCUAAUUAUGUAAUGCAGUGUUCAAAACUUAGCUUUUUUGAUGUAUAACAUCCCUACCUUGAUGGCAGUGUACUGUGUGCCAUUUGAAUUCCCACGUGUAAACAUUUUUACUGUGCUUAAAAUAAAUAGACUAAAUGUAGUAAUGAUUCUUAAUCGUAAACUUGCCGUUCACAGUUCCACGAAUGCAACGCAGUGAUGCUCUUACCCUCCAACAUGCAGUGAGGUGGUUGGAACAGAAACCAUGUGUCUGGCAUGCUCUAUAGCCAGAAGCCACUGUGCCAUAAAAUGUCUGACUUACUUGCUUAAUAUUAAAUACUGAGACCUAAUUUACAGUGGAAGGAACCAUACAGGUGUAGUCUUACCCUUUCCAAUAUUCCUGUAGUUUAAGUUGUCCAGAAGCACAACCAGUAUUUGAUCUUGAUUUUUAGGUACUUGGGGUGUUAAGUGCCCUGCAGUAAAGAAGCCAGGGGUGGGGUGAUGGCACAUAAAACUAAUGGCACAUAAAACUAACUGUCAAAUGUUGCAGACACAUAGAAUUCAGCCCUGCAGUGAAAGCAAGGUGGGAGGAAGAGAAUGCAUUGGCAGGUUCCUCAUAGCAUUCGUUGCUGGAGGUCUUAAUAACCUCUCCAUUCCAGGUUCCAUAAAUCAAAGCAUGGCUUCUAUUGAGUGGUCGUGUAAAGGAUUGUUCAGUGUGAGGUUCCCGUAACAUGGCUCAGUGUAUAGGAUUAGGCUUAAAAAAAUGGCUUGGCAGAAAUGCUGAGUAUGGGAGGGUACUUGUAUUUUGUAACUGGUGUCGUUUGGAAGUGGGAGUGCAGAGGAAAAAAGUAUCCUUUUGAAACUACAGGGUUAUGAUAAAAGUAAUGUAGUGUCUUGCACUGUAAUGAUAGUUUGCCAGGUGAACUUGACUCUUGGGAGCCAGACUACAACUGAAAUUGGAUCUUUGUCGCUAGGGCUAUAUAUCACAAAUAAACUUACAUUGAAUCUGGUGGAGGGUUUGAAUUUUUCAUCCAUCACUUGUUUUUUUAAAAAAGAUUGUAAGGUGUCCUUGAUGCUGUACGCGGAUGGUGCCUGAGAUGCUGGGAGCCCAGUUUCCCAGGAUAACAGUGCACUAUGGGUUGAUGAAAGGAAGAUCAGCCUGCUUGGAGACAGUUCUGUGCAUUGAAGUAUGGGUGUAUUUUCAUUCAGCACUUCUGAGUAUUGUGUAGUUUUUAAUCACUCACAUGUUCCCUUCUGUUUGGGGGGAAGAAUGGACUAUCUGUGAACUACUGAACUUGUGUGGAAAAAGCUUUAGUGCCAUCAGCUCCUAAGCAUGUUGGCUAUGCAACCUACUGGCAUAAAGCUAUAUGCUAAGCAAAAAAAUUUAAAUGCAAGAAUGCAGUUGUUGAUGGACAAGGUCGCUGAAUAAUAGUCACUUAAUUUAGUGUUGCAGUUGGAUUUGAGGUAUAUUUCCUUGAACCAUUUAGGUUAGACACAAACUCAGUUCCUAUUUGAACUGUAGGAAGAACACAGUUCUUGGCACUGGAUACCAGUGUAGAGAAAGAGAAGAGGUUAUAUGCAAUACAAUGAAAUUGGAACUUGCACUUGCAUGGUGUUUAGGGACAUAAACUCAAAGAUAAUUUUCUUAGUGGUGUCCUUGGGACACCCAACAUUGGGCAUUCUGAGACUGACUCGGUGGGGCACCUGGACAUGGGCACUAAUUUUCAGUUUAUUUUUCAGAUUACAUGCCAUUUUUCCAUAUGAUGCUGGCCCAUAUCCUAAACCAUGCUCUCUUGUAGUAUUGUAACCUUGAAGAGUGAAGGAGGCUGAUUGUCAUAUUACCUUCCUCAGGUUCAUCUCUUAAUAUUCUUCCUAAAACUGACCUUGUAUCUGGCAGAUGCAGACUCUGAUCAGUGCUGUUGACAUGUCCACACUUGAAAAUACUUGUAGCCUGACUUGGGGUACAUGUUAAAAUCAGGAUGAGUAACAAGUUUCUGAGCCUAAUGCUUCAGUGUGAGUUAUCACUGAACUGGACAUUCCAUUUAGUUAGACGCUUCCCCUCCAUUCAUAAUCUAAGAGUUUAGGCCACUAUAGGCCUAACAUUUGUGCAGUAUUCCACGUGUUGCUGCCCAUUAACCUUUUCUGGUCCCAUCCUAAAAGGGGCUUGAUAACAAAUCCCAGAUUCUUCUCAUGUUUCCACAUCUCUGUUACCUAGAAAACCAUUAGCAUGCUGUGAACACAUGCUUACCAUUGAUAACGAAAAGAUGAAUUUCUGUUUCUGUGCGUAUUUUGUGGUAUCUUUGUUUAAAAAGUUCUUGGCGUCUCCUUGGCAACCACUUGUGGCGGCAUUUUUGCUGGAUUUUUGAGACUGCAAUUUGACACUCUUUAAAAGUAGUGGCCUGCUACGUAACAGCACUUAGACAGCAUUUCUGCAGUGCAUAACUGUGAGGAACGUAGUACCACAAGUGGCAGUGGACAUUAGGACCCGGAUGUAGUAUUCCUGCUUGCUCCGAGAUUCUCAUUGUCGCCUGCGUUACAGGUAGGUAAAAAGCACUAUAAUUAACUUGGUGGCUUUCUGUGUAACUUUGCUGUGGGGGUACUCUGGCAUCACCCUUCUGACCAUGGAAUUUCAGUGCAGCACUGCUUGUACUGUGUGAUAUUAUGAUACUUAGAUUUGAGGCACAACCUGCAGUCAGCAGAAGGCAAGCUAACUAUGAUGCUCAGAUGUAUGCCUCAGACCCGUGAUUCCUUCGUUUAUAUGGCUUGUUUCCAUCACUGCUGUGUGCCAAAGACAUUUUGUUAGAGCUUUGUGGGAAGGGAAAGGGAGUCUGUGAAUAACUUCAACUAAUCUAAAGGUGCUAUUUGGUCAUACAAUAAGUACUCUGAUUAAUGCAUACUAGACUCAUGGCAAAAGUCAGUUACAGCCCUUUCUUGGCAAUGCAGAUGAAUGUAUUGGUAAAUAUUCCAUGGGGAGUAAACAGUUACUGUACUUGGUGGUUAGGAAAUAGAACUUGUAACUUUAGUGAUCAGUUAUGUAAUGUACUUGGGUGGUGGGAUGUUGGCUCUUACGUUGUGUCAAAUGAUAGGGGGAGGGAAUGUGGCUCACUGGUAGAGCAUCUGCUUGGCUCAAACCCCGGCACCUCUGGUUAAAGGAUCAGGUACCAGGGGAUGUGAGAGAACUCCACCUCUGCCUGAGAACCUGGAAUGCUGCCGCCAAUCUGAGUAGACAAUACUCACCUUCAAGGACCAAUGGUCUGAUUGAGUAUAAUGCAACUUUGUGUUCAUGUGAUGCAACUUUGUGUUCAUGUGAUGCACUGAAGAAUGGAGAACUCCCACUUUUCAUGUUUCAUACACGUUAUCAAAAGCUGCAUUGGUGAAAAUACAUGGUGGGGUUGCAUACCUAAUUGCCCUCCAAGUCUUGGCUUUGUUGUGCUAGUUAGCGGAGUUUGCUGUCUUUAAAGUGUUUUCAUAUGAUAUGGUUCUUGGCCAAAGCACAAGAAACCUAGUUCAGUGAGGAAAGGCUUGUUCUGCUUGUAUUAGUAACAUAUUUACGGUGUAUAUUUAGAGUUAAAGAGUACUUGUUUCAAAGUGGGGUGCUUUAUCUUAAGAAAAGGGACUUAAUGAGCAGGUUUCAACAGUGAAUUUUUAUAAUCAGUAACCAGUUCUCAGACUGGACAGUCCAGUCCUCUGUGUCUUGAAGUUUGAGAAGUAUCUUUAAAAUCCUGUCAGAAUGGAUGAAACUAGUAAUGUCCAUCACGAAAGCUUAAUAAAGUACCUCCACUAGUUUAAGCACAUUUUAAAAAUAAACAAAAUGGCAGUGUGGGUGCUAUUUAAAUGAGUUAAGAGCCUGCUUAGUUCUGUGUAGUAUGCCAAGGAUUUACUGAAUGUGUGUGAGAUUAAUACAUUAGCUCUAUGUAAUUGGAAUUAGUAUCUCUCACUUAAAGCAGGUGAGUAGGGCAUUGGGGCUACGUAUUUAACUGCAACGACAAACAGUAAAAUAAGAAUCCUUGUCUGCUCAAAGUACCACUGUGUAUAAGUGGCAUGAGAAAUAACUAAAAGUGCUUGCAUUGUGUUCCAUUUUUUAACCUUUUCCCCACCUCUUUUUAUGAUUUUGAUUGCUUGCAAAAGCUGAUUUCAGAAGCUCAGAAGUGUGAUGCCAGAAUACGUAAUACGUAAUGUGCUAGGCCAUCAGUUCUGAUAACUGGUGCUGUCAGGAGAGAAGCACUUCUUACCUUGUGGGGGGAGGGAGGCUUUACUUCAUUGUUUGCAAAGCUGCUAUUGGCUGUAGUUUUCUCCCAAACAGUAGUUAAAGACCACUUGAGCAACUGGGAGCUGACUGCUUGCAGGUCAGGGAAGCCUGUGGUCACUUAUUCUAAACAAGGCUCAAUAUGAAGAGAAUGUACUUUUUUAGGUUUGUUUGGACCAUUGGUUGUUUUCCACCAUCGCAGCUAGCAAGGUUGGAAUCAACAGGUCAGUUGCAGAUCUGUCUUUAAGUGAAGGGGGGGGGGAGAAAUGGGAGGAUUGGCCUUCUCCCACUCUCAUUGCAGUUAGAGAAGGGUUGCUAUAUUAGUAUGCCUGUGGAAGCUCAUGAUGGUGUAUACAAAUCCCCAUCUGAUAUCUAAUGGCAUUGAACACCAACACUGAAAUGUGGGACGGGUUGGCUGCAAGUGAAUUAGCUAGUGAUGGGAAAAAAACCCUUUCUGUUGCUAUAUCCCAAAAUAUGUUCCUUUUUGUUUUGCAAAAGUAUCAAGCCAAGAUGUGGACUUGAGGAAACUGGCACAUUGGCUGGCUUGGUAGUGUCUUUCACCUUUUUAAGGGCAGUUGCCAGUUUAAAGAUUGUGUUUUCACCCACUGUAUGCCCUUAAUGAGGCUCACAGAAAAGACAUGAGUAGGGGGGCAGCAAAUGAAAAGCAAGGUAGUAGAAAGCUGAAUAAACUCAAACUCCUAUCUGUAUUGUGAAGAGUUCAGAGGGUGUUUGGACUAGCUUUCAACUAGUACCAGAGAUGAUUUGCUUCAUGGGAGGGGAUGGGAGGAUGGAUGGAUGGAGCAAUACAGUGAAGCAGCCAAGUAAUUGGCUUUGCAUCUGCAAAGAAGGGGUAUCAUACCUCUUGCUGCAAAUAUGCUAGGUUGGCAGUUGGGGAUUCAGAAACAAUUUAAGACUAGUUUGCUUGUUCAUUAUCCUGUGUUCCAGUCUCUGGAAAAAAAAUCAGCUUCUACUUGUGCCCCAUACUUCCCAAUGUACUGAUAUAAUUUGUAAGCUCCCCUCAGUUUACCAAUCUGUAGAUUAAUUUCUUUUUCUGUUUAAAUAUAUUCAUUUUCAGAAACUUGGUUGUAUGUAUUUUCCUACUAACUUCAUUUC